AUGCCUUUACACAACGUUACGAUUGACGAUGCUUCCGCGCUUAUUGGGUAUUAUAACCCUAAUGGUAUACCAUGGAAAGAUUCACCAUCCAAUGAUACAAGCCUGGGUGACUACUGGGACCAAACUUACCACUCUUCCAACCAGUCUGGUGCUUGGUCGACAUUCCGUUUCCAGGGAGUAGCAGUGUACCUUUUUGCUGCGACACGCUGGAUGCAUGGAAAAUACAAUAUUUUCAUGGAUGGCCAGCUUACCUAUCAAGGAAAUGGCCACACACAAUCUUCGAUAUUCAAUCAACUUGUAUUCAAUACCACGGGUCUCUCUCCCGGGUGGCAUAAUCUCACAUUUGUUAGCACCGAACCAGGGCGCUAUAUCGAAGUCGACUAUAUCUCCUGGACCACAGUCAUGUCUGCUGCAUUAAUUGAGAGCUCCGGAGCUCCGAUACCACCCACUCCAGGGAAUAUGACGUACAAUGGUUCUCUCUGGGAAGGAGAGGAGUCGGGUAGCAUUCCUUACAUGGUCACUAGGACCAAUGGUGCUCAAGCCAACGUCACAUUCAAAGGAAAUGGUAUUGAGCUCCACGGAAGAACGGGCCCGGAUUACGGGAUGUUCAGGCAAGCUGGAAGAGCCACGCUAUUGUCGUUAAUUAAUUAA